AUGCCUGUGCUCGACCAACAUCAUCGACGAAGUCAAGCUGCGAGUCAGCCUAUCCGCCCCAUCAUGAUGUACGAAUUGGAGACUUGGGCAGCACCGUUUACGGUAACGGAGAGGCUUAAACCCACGGGAAUUGUACGGAGAACCCAUGUGCUGUGGCAGGGGAUGAAAAAUGGAAGACAUCAACAUCUUGCACUGCUAUCGAAAGUGGCUACAGAACAUUGUCUUCGCUACUUUGUUCAUAUGCUAAGGAGACCAGCACAUCGAUUGGUUCAAAGCUCAAAAGCAAAAAAUGUUGAUACUAUAUCAUUUAUUGGUUGA